CCUACUUGAGGUGAGAAGUCUCCGUGGUCUGCUCCUGCCUUGCCAGGAGUCUUUUUGCGUUGUAUGCUAAUGAGGGGUGUGUGAGUCAUCUGUCAGAGGCCGCUCAACUACAAAUUGGUGGGACCGAGCAGUCCACUGGUCCCAUCGCCAUCUCUGUCUCAGAGACCAGAGUGAUCCCAGAGCAGUGGUGGCCCAGCUGAGUGCCUUCAGGAAGUCUUCCUUGAAACUGCUGUGGAAAUGGCCUUCAUCCCUGGGCCCGGAGAGCGGCCAAAGAUGCAGAGUGUGGCCUGGGAGGACAGUAGCCCAAUGGGCCGUCAGCCUCACAGCCAGGUUUUGAAUACAGGUUUUUCAGGAUCUCAAGUCGAAGAUGGUCAUAACAAAGUAAAAGAAAUGAAAGCAGGAAGAAGAAACGGAAAACCCAGACGUAAAUUUACUAAGGAUGAAUUGCACGUACUUAAUUACACAUUUGAAGAGAAUCCGUAUCCUGAUUUUACCAUUCGAAAAACACUGGCUGAACAACUAUAUUGUCAAAUAUAUGUAAUUGACAACUGGUUCCAGAACAAAAGAGCCCGACUGCCACUAAAAGAGAGACAGAGAAUAUUUGCUGCUAGAAAACUACGUCUGUUCCCUGUGCAGAGUCAUUCACGUUUAAGCGUCCAGGACCCCCAGGCAGAAUCUCCCAGGGCCACUGAGAAGACCUGCUUCUCUACCCAAGAGGCUCUUCCAGAAGGGGCUGGCUAUUUUUUUCCAGGGACACAGCGGGCUCCCAGUCAACAGGUUGGCUCAGGGGACGCCGUGGUCCCAGGCAUUGCAAAGGAACAGAGCUAUGAUUUGGAGUACCAAGGUGACACGGGAAGUAGGCUUUAUCCUAACUAUCCAUUUUAUAGCUAUGACUCAGCAGUCUCUUUUCAUCCUUCUACUUUUUCUGGGCAGUAUUUGGAGAACUAUGGGGCAGGGACAGGGGAAAGCUGGGAGUCAAAGGCCCACAUCCUGCAUCAUGUUUGCGGUACACAGGGGGAGAGGCAGCAGCAGCAGCAGGCCUGUUGUCCUUAUUCACUGUGUCAAGGACAGCAGCACAAUGGUUACUGAUGUCCUCAGUAGCAGCCUCAGGUUCAGAAUUAUCAAGACAAACCGUGUUCUAGGAUCAGCUCCCGUGCCUGAAUCCUGGGGAUUUUGGAUAGCAGAUGGCCUCCCUUCAGUCAGAGCAGCAGGGUGGAUGUUCUCAAACGAGUCAGGUCUCUGCUAAUGCUGCUGGAGCAAAAUAGGCUUUGGGAUGAGGGGUCUGCAAAGGUCUGCUGCCAGGACCAAGAACGUAGCUCUAGAAUAUGGUUCUAAGCUUCAGAAAAAAACACCCAUAGGUCAUCCCAUGGUCGUCCACACAGCAGCCCAAGGCAAAGGCCUCUCCAAAGCCUGCACAUAAACACUGUCUGCAGGAAGGCCCCAUGAGCUGUGGAUUCCUUCUGGUAGGUCAGCAGUGUCCCCCCGCGCUCCACCCCUGACUGUGCAUUUACAGUGCCUGGAGAACGCUGGGCUAGAGUAUGGAGCAUAAAACCAACAAACACAGGCAGAAGCCCACCAUCAACGGCAGUUGCCAAACCCAGAGCAGUUUGCGCUUCAGAAGAAAGAGGCUCUUUGAUGCACCUGCCCCAGUUAGUGUACCCUGCCCCUCAGAGACAAGAGAUCCAACGAAAAGUACAAGGAUGUGAAGGUCCUUCCCCUGCAGUAGCCUUUGGAUGAGGCUAGCAAGGCUGCUACUGCCAAGCUCUCUCCCCCCGACAGAACCGGGGCAGCGGCCGUAUGUCCUUGCUGGAACCCUGACUGCGAAGGACAUCCUGAUGACAGCAGCCUGGUCUCCUUGCAUCCAAGAGGCAAACCCUUGGUUGAGACCAUUUAAGGCAGGAACUUGCAUCCGCGUGCGGUGGAUGAUCCUAUACCUGAGCCGGUGAGCAGCCCUCACUGUCCCCCUUGGCUGAGAGCUGCUGCCUGGAAAUCAGUCCAGAACGUGGAUGUGCAUCAGCAAGAUGUCGCAAGAUCUGAGAGUUCCUGGUGGAGCAUCCAAAUGCCAUGGUGUUAACCAGAGUUUUUGAGGAAAAGCCUGGUGUCUAUGAACCUCCGACUUUGAAAUGGUUUUCAUAAUUUUGAGCUUUAGGAUACAGAACCAUUUCUCAAGUAUUUCAGAGCUUUUUCUGUCGGUUUGGUAUGCUUUCUCCUACACUGUAUAAUGUGUUUUACAUAUUUUAGAUUUUAACCCAAAUUGUGUCCUGCUGACUGCAAAAUAAGGCGUGUGUCCUACAUCUUUCCAAGGCAAUAUGGUAUACAGAUCGGCCUCAUUUUGCAAAUAUUUCCCUUCUGUGACUACAGUAAGAUUGAGAGUAGGAGGAGAAACAGCACUCUUAAUGAGUUGAGUAUGAGCAUGAUUUGCACAGUCACUUUGCACGACCACUAAGAAUAUUUAUUAAAGUUGUAGAUGUCUGGAAACUCUGCUACUGGAUGUAUCCUUUAAAAAAAACGUGUAUGUACUUAUAGAACAGAGCCCCAAAUAAGAAAUAUCAUGUACGGUAAUAAUCUAGCACAAUUAAAAAUAAUGGAUUAGGACUGUAUAGUUGACAGUUCUGGUAUACAAUGUUCAGUGAAAAAUCAAGUUGCCUAAUUAGUUUUAUAGUAUGAUAUUUAUAAGAAUGAAAUAAGAACUAUAGCAGUAAAUAAUGUUGAUUAUUCUUGGAUAUACAUACAUAUGCAGCAAAAACAAAAACAUGGA